AUGCCUCUCGCUGCUCUGAAGACUGUGGCCAAGAGCCAGAACGGUGUCGGCGCUUUCAUUCGGCAAUGCAAGCGCCUUGACUUCCACUACUGCGACUGGUCCGGUUCAUCAAAGGGCAUGAAGUCGUUCCUUGAGCACACACUCCCCGCUUUCGCCAAGAGGAACCCGUCCAUCGAGAUCACCGUGUCGCCGCGCCCCCGCAAGGAGCCAGUCAUCAAGGGCUACUACAUCAACGGCCGUACCAAGGCUAUCUGUGUCCGCAAGCUUGAGAAGGAGCAGAUCCUCCAAAAGGCCAAUCUGCUGCGCGACGCCUCCGGCGAGCGGAACCGCCGCACCAUCAACAAGCCCGUUAAGAGUUUGAACGAGAGCGUCAGGGGCAUCUGGAGUCCCUUUCAUGGCGCGAAGUACCAAAUAUGA